AUGACGUCCAAUCCUGUCUUUAGACGUUCAACAAUCUCACUCAUAAUAUGCUCGCUUCUGGCCUCCCCUGCAAUUUCUGUACCUAUAUCAUCACCCACCCAAAUAUCAAAGGCAGAUGGUGCUCAAAAUUCAGACAACGAUAAUAUGAUGACUUCAAACUAUAGCUCGGAAAUAACAAAGUUUAUUCUUAUAGUAAUCUCCAUUGUGAUAUUAGUCGAAUUGAUAUUUUGGUUAUUUAAACUUGUAAAUAAGAUGAGAGGGCGUAAUUUCUCUCCAAAUGAAGGACAAGUUAGUGAUGUUAGAAGGGUCAGAAACGAAAAUGGAUUUGAUACUGCUUCAACCGCUGGAUCGGUUGAUGAAUAUCUACCUCCAUAUGACGGGCUAUCCUUACCUAAAUACGUAGAAUCUUUAGAGGGAUCAAACGUAAGUACGGUGGUAGGAGAUGAUGAAACCAAUGGAAAUACAACUACGACAGAUAACAAUGAGAGUGAUGAAAGUUCAGUGGCGACAGUGGAAAAUAGGUCCGAGGAGGAAAAUAAUACUACAAAUAGUUCCAACAAUCGUCAAAGUGGUGUUGUAGAGAUAGUUAACAAUCCAAAUUCUUUAACAUCAACGCAAACCUUAGAACGAUCUGUUAAAUCUGAAGAGUAA